UAGAGAAUAUCCAGGUAGUGGCUACAGUUCCACCUCUGGUCUGGCUGCCAUGUAUCAUAGGCGAACUUCUGGUAAAAGGCCUUCUAUUGCUACACAGAUUUACCAGCAGCCUCCAAGGAUUCUCAUUGUACAUAUCGAUCUAUCAUCCUGGGCUGAUAUCUGCUCCAACCUCUGUAAGGCUCUGCAGAACUUUUUCUGUCUAGCCUGCAGCUUGAUGGGGCCUAGCCGCAUGUCCCUCUUUAGCUUAUACAUAGUACAAAAUCAGCAUGAGUGCCUCCUCCCCUUUGUGCAAGUGAAAGGAAACUUUACCAGGUUGCAGGCCUGCAUCUCAGAACUUCGCAUGUUGCAGAGGGAAGGUUGUUUCAGACCACAGAGAACUUCUCUGCAGCAGGCGGUGGAGGAUGGGCUCCAGCAGUUCAAACAGUACAGCAGACAUGUGAUCACAGGUACAGCUCUGACCUGCGCCUCCCUGGAGAUUACUGUUCUGACUUCCCAUCCUGGAAAAGAGGUAGUCAAACAACUGGAGGAAGGGUUAAAAGAUAUAGACCUAGUAAGGGUCAGGAGGCUGCAGGUGGUUGAGAUCAGAACAGGAGUGUGCAGACUAGAAUGUGCGGACUCAGCAUCCCCUGUUGAAGAGCCCAGCAAUGAUGAGAGUUGUAUCCUGGGGACUGACAUUGACCUUCAGACUAUAGACAGUGAUAUUGUCAGCAUGGAGAUUUUCUUCAAAGCCUGGUUACAAAACAAUGGAACAGACCAAGAGCACAUCCAUCUUCUUCUCCCUUCACAGUGUUUUGACAACAUUACAAGAACCAGAGAUAAUCCAAUGUGCCUGAAAUGUGAUAUCCAAGAGCGAUUUCUCAGCCCUUCCCUGCUCCCUGGCACAGCUGAUGGCUCCUUGAGAAUGGAUGACCCCAAAGGAGACUUCAGCACACUCUACCAGAUGGCCUCCCAGUCAUCAGCCUGUCGCUACAAGCUCCGGGUAGUCAAAGCUCUAAAAUCCAGUGGGGUCUGUGAGUCAUUGACAUAUGGACUCCCAUUCAUCCUCAGCCCCACCAGCUGUUGGCAGCUGGACUGGGAUGAGCUGGAGACAAAUCAGCAGCAUUUCCAUGCUUUGUGUCACAGCCUACGGAAAAGAGAAUGGUUGCUGUUGGCCAAAGGGGAGCCCUUGAACGGGGAACACAGCCUGCGAGAAGCUGCCAGCACCUUCUAUGUGAUAGUACCGUCACCCUCUCCCACUUUGCUGGUGAAAGCAGUGGCCACAAGGGAACUGAUGCUGCCCAGCCCUUUCCCUCUGCUACCUGAGGACCUUCCCGAUGACAGCCUUAAGACUGUGGAGAGCCUGCUGGAUGGUCUGGAGCUAGAGCCCACCUACAACCCCUUGCAGGUUUGGAGCCACCUGUAUUCACACUUGAGCAGUACCAUUGUCAAAACUCCAGGGCGGCCCCAUGUGAGCUGGGAGAGCAGAGUUCCGAGAAAGGCUGGGCAGUUGCCCACGAACAGAGUUCGAGCCACAGUGGCCCCUCUGCCUGUGACUCUAGCCACUGGCCGAGCCCCUAAGAGACCAGCUGCCAGCAAAAUUUCCUCAGAAACCUUCUUCCAGCCUUCUGAAGAAGAGGAAGAGGAGGAGGAGGAUGAGGAGUAG